AUGGGCUCUGUCUAUGGCGGGCGUUAUGACGACUCCCGAACCUCAUUAUCGUCCCGCAGAGACGGCGGCUAUACAACAGUGAAGCGAUACGUCGUCAAAGAAGAAGAUGCCCGCUCGACCAGUGGUCGGGACCGCCGGUUUGUCCCAGAUCGUGCAGGAGAGCGUGUGGAAGAAACCCGGAUAGUCCGACGCGAGCGCGAAGUGGAUGAGCCUCCCCGUCGAGAAGAUCCUCGUUACUCUGAGCGUGAACUGGUCAUCCGACGUGAGCGGGAUGAAGAGCCGCGCAGAGACUACGCCUACGAUAGCUGGCGUGAGGAGCCAGUCGCUGAAAGAGAGCUGGUAAUCAGGAGGACCACCGAACGCGACGAACCGCCGCCGCAAAGAUAUGAUGACCGAACUCGCGAUGUGCGCAUUUCCGAAACACGCUACCGUGACGACUAUGAAGUCGUGGCUCCCCCUCGUCCGUAUGAGGACCGUGAUCUCCAGAGGUACACCAGAACCGCCGAGUACUUCGUCCCUCCUCCACCACCGCCGGCGACGAUCAUCAUCCGACAGGAGCCUAUCAUCAUCCGUGAGAAAGUCCGUGAUGACGACUACCAAAUAGUUCGCAAGUCCGACAUCGAUGAAGAACGGAGCGUUGUCCGCAGAGGGCCGCCAACCCCUCGCGGCGAAGAAGACUUCUUCUACGAGAAGAAGGUUAGGGAACGCAUUGAUGAACGUCGUGACGACGACGAUGAUUACUAUGAACGGCGAAGCAGACGACGCUCUGUCAGUCCUCAUGAUUCGGUGAGCCAAAGAGGCCGUGAUUACAGUAGCGACGAUAGCAUUGUCUACGUCCGCAAAGAGACUCGUGAAGACGCAAGCCCCAGCCCUGAUCGCCGCAAAAGCCUUGCAGCCGGAGUUGUCGCUGGUGUGGGUGCCGCCGAGCUCCUUCGAAACCACAAGAAGAAGGAAGGCCGCGAGACCUCUCACGGAAUCGGUAGAGUUGGCCGUGACAUUGGUGCGGGAGCACUGGGGGCUCUUGCGGCAGAAGGCAUCCACCGUGCUAGAUCACUCCAUCGAAGCAAGAGCAGGCACCGUUCACGCGAUCGCUCGCGAGACCGUUAUUCUUCACGUUCCCGAUCACGGUCCCGCAGGCGCAGCAGGUCUCGAUCAGAAUCUCCGUCAAAGUUGAAGACUCUCGGCGCUGUUGGUCUUGGAGCUGCUGCACUUGCCGCAGCGGCAACGAUUGCUUCCAAGCGGCUGAAUAAAGGCGCUGAAGAGCCUCGGCGCAGUCGCUCUCGUCAUCGUAGGGAAUCCAUUUCGAGCCUUGAGGAUGAUCCCUCCGCUCCGUCGGACGAUGCUCGCAACCCCAAGCAUCGCAACAAGCGAAUUGCUGAAGCCGGUGCUGCGGGUGCUGUUGUUGCUGGCCUGAUAGAGAGAGCUAGAAGCAAAUCGAGGGCGAGGGAUGGCAAGGAACGUUCUCGCAGCCGUGUCAGACAGGCACUUCCAGUGGUUGCUGCAGGUCUAGGCAGUGCUGCCCUUGCGGGCUUAUACGAGAAAAACAAGGCGAGAAAAGAGGCCAAACAGAUUGCGGAGGAACAACGCCGUGCCCGUUCCAGGUCAAGGAGCAGAGCUAGAUCUGACGGAUACUACGACGGCCCAAGAGACGCUGCACUUAGCGAUCCUGGUCUGAUCGAGUACGGAAAUGGUCCGAUGUAUGGCAACAACUUUGGUCCGGAUUAUUACGGCCGACCUCCGCCAGCAGAAGGCUACUAUGGUGCCUCCAAUGCCGUGGUUCCAGCGGCCGCGGGUGCCGCCGCGGGAUAUGGCGCUCAACGCGCAGCAAGAAGUCGUAGCCGGAGCCGAAGUUUGAGCCGUGACCGUGGUGGCAGAAGGUCCUCACGCAGUUCCAGCUCUUCUCCAGACCGAAGCAAACAUAGCAGUCGCAGACGUUCAUCACGAGACGCGGCGAACAUGGCGGCAGCCGCCGGAGCUGGAGCAAUUGCUGCAUCAGAGUAUGAGAGACGCAAACAAGAGAAGCGAGAGCGAAAAGCAAGAAGACGUCGUGAAGAAGAGGGAUAUGGCCGUGAUCCUUACGAGGACAAUUACAAUCCGGCCCAACCGUAUCCUCCGACGCCACCACCUCCGGCCAGCGAUCCUUAUGCUUCUCAACAGGGCUUCUAUCCUCAAACAAGCCAGUUCCCUCCGCCUCCCGGUUCCGUCCCACAGCAAUAUCCUCCGCAACAAUCGACACCGUCAGCUGGACCUCCACCAGCAGCUUCUUACCCUGCACAGUCUUACCCUCCCCCUCCACCACCGGGUGGACCCCCAACCACCACCCCCUACGACGCAUAUGGUUCUGGUGCCAAUCCAUACGCACCACGUGGGCCUGAAAAUGUGAGUGCUGAGCCACUUCCUCCGCAUGGCGAUUCUUCUGUACCUGCCACUACCAAUGACCUGAACCAUGUCGAUGGUCUAGGUGCUGCCGGUGUUGACCCGUCUGCCCCAUCCGCCAAGGCUCAUUCCCCUUCGACUUUGAACACAGCAGCAAAUCCGCCUCUCAAGUCACACGAUCCUGUCCGAGACGAACAUGUAUCUUCUUCGACCAGAGGGUUGUCCCCGCAACGUUCCCAAUCUCAACCAGCCCCGUCGUCUCGUCGCAAGAGCGUGCAAUUCGCCGACAAACCUGAAAUAUCAAUCACAAACGACAGCGCACCUGAGGAUUCCGAGGCAUCGAUCCCCGAACGCCACCGUCAUAGACAUCGGCACGAUGACUUUCGGGGGUACGAGUCUGAAGACGACACCGACACUACGCCUGUAGAAGACAGGCGAGGAGAUCGAAGGCGCUCCUCUGAGCCAGAAGCGAAGAGAAGGGAUCAUCGGCGACGGCAGUCCCACGAACCUGCAUCUUCUCGCAGAGCGCCACCGCUCGAACGUGUUACUAGCCCUUCGGACUCUGAUGCCACGGUGGAGCUACCUCCAAGGUUUGACGAACACGGACGCAGGAAACCCGAUCCAAGUGACGACCCUCUUGCGGACCGCCUGGACGAGAUUCUCGCCGGUAGAGGGGUUGCCGGGAAAAUGUUUGGUAACUUCCUGGAUGGCUUGUUGGGGCCUGAUGGGCGAAAGAAGAAAAGCAGCAGAUGA